AUGAAGGUCAUUAUUGUUGGCGGUGGUAUUAGCGGCCUCGCUACCUACCACGCUCUGCAGACAUACCUUCCCUCGAACGUCUCUGUCAAGGUUUACGAGUCCUAUCCAAGUCCGAAUACAACAACGUCCAGGAUUGGUGGCGGCAUUGGCAUCAUCCCUAACGGCCUUCGUGCUCUCAACGCCAUCUCCCCAGCUUCCGUACUGUACCUGAGGGCACGCGGCAACAUCUGCCCUUACUUUGCUAUCCGAAAUCAGAACGGAACCACGCUAGGCCAGCUUGGAGGUCUAGAUGAUAGGAUUUUGCUCCCUAGGGCCUCAGUGCACGAAGGUCUGCUGCUGGGAAUCCCGGCCGGCAUAACAAAGUGGGGAAGAAAAGUAGUGGAGGUGAAAGAGAGAGCAGACGCUGCCCAAGUUGUCUUCAAAGACGGCACGGAAGAAACAUGUGACCUCGUCAUCGGUGCUGAUGGCGUCAAGAGUGUAUGCAGACAGGCGCUCUUUGGCAAAGAGGUCUACCAAGCACAAUACGACGGCCUUACCGGCAUUGGCGGUUUCGCACCCUUCGCGUCACUCACUCCCGCCCUCCAAAGGAGCAUAAAAGCCGACCAGGCGGCUAUGACAUUCAGCCGCAAUGGAUUCUUUGGUUACGCUCUUUCUCUGCCUGCAGAUACCCCUGUCGACGAACAGCAAGUAAUGUUCUGGUCUACGUACGCGACCGAUACGCCUCCAACUCGUGAUCUGCCUUCCGAAGACCUACGUGCCAUCCUCAUGCAGAAACAUGGUUCGUGGAGAUCCCCUUACACCGGCGCAUUCCGUCAGAUCAUCGACGCUGCGUCGCAACCCACUGACGUGGAUUCACGUUUCACGAGAUGGCUCGUCUUACCUCGCUAUGAAAUUCUACCCUUACCGUACUGGACGUCCCUUCAUGGCACGGCCCUGGGACCUUCAACGGGCUCUGCCAGGAUCAUUCUCGUGGGCGAUGCAGCUCAUGUGGCCUCACCCUAUUCUGGGCAUGGCGCGUCUCUGGCAUUUGAAGACGCUCAAAUGCUUGGCCUGCUCCUCCGCCAUUACCUAUCCGACCCAGAGUCACUUCCCAAAGUUGCCAAGGCAUACGAGGAGAUGAGGAUUCCCCGUGUGGGAAGGAUCCUUAGAUUGGAAAGACGCCAGACGGAUGGGAAGCGUGAGAUUAGUCGGUUUAAGGCGGUAGUCAGGGAUUUAGUGCUCUGGAUUCUUUGUCAUCUGCCACUUCGCGUUAUGCUGUGGUUGAAUCCAACUCAUCUGUAUGAUGUUGAGAAGGAAGUGGCAAAAUACCUUGCAGCUAUGACCUCAAAAUGA